AAAUACCUUGUGCUAACGGUUCUGGUUAUCCUUUACUUGCGCCUUAGGAGAUGCGUUAUGGUCAAUUCAGUCGUAAAGCCAAAAAGUGGCGCCCAAGGGCCUCUUAGUAAUGUCCAGUUUCCAGUGACAGCUUAGGGUGUAGGCAUUGCACCUACGCUAUAAUACCACAAAAUGGCACCUCAACGAACUAGAAGACGAUGGGCGACAGCUCUUUCAGCAAUCAUGGCUAUAACUGCAGCAUUAGCACACGCUACUGAAAUAUUUAAGGAGGAGAUAAAAACGUGCCAUCCUGAUUGUACAAAAAAUGGUAACUGCAACGGCGAAACGGGAGAGUGCGAUUGCCCAUUCGGGUACACAGGCCCCAGCUGCAGCGACCGUCUGUUCCCUGCCUGCCACUCCAGCGCCGAGCCGGGCUCCCUGCCGCACUACGGCGUCUGGUACCCCAAGAACUGCUACUGCGCAAAGCAGCUGCUGGCGCACCCGUACAGCUGCCCCAAGUACGAGCACGGAGACCACAACGCGCAUUGCUUCUACCCCAUCCUGAUGGAGAGCAAUCUGCUUUGCUACCGGUACAAGAGCCUGCCCGAGUCUGCCCAGCUGUCCGACUCGCCGCCCAUGGACCACCCGGACCUGGAGUGGGUGCGCAUGGCGCCCUACCCCAACCUCAAGGAGAGGGUGCUGACCGGGGAGGAGGUGCCAAAGGUGUACCAAACGCCCGACCAAGGCACCUGGCGACCGCUGUCGGAGUGUCCAAACAAGUGCAACCACCGAGGGUGGUGCCAGGUCCACGGGUUCGAUCGGAUCUCCGGCCAGCACUUCAAUGCCACCCCCUGGUGCGCCUGCCACUCGUACUUCUCCGGGGCGUCGUGUGAGCAGGCGGAGAACUACCACUGCUACCGGAACUGCAGCGGUGUGGGCACGUGUCUGGGCGGUUGGUGCCACUGCCAGCCCGGCUACUGGGGCCAUGGGUGCACUCGGAGGAAGGCGUACACCAGCACUGUGGGCUGGCGGCCCAACCACGCGGACAUCCGGAUAUACGUGUACGACCUGCCCAACAUCAUCGUACACCGCAAAACGGAGGACCCAUGGUCACUCAUCGACCUAAUGUACAAUGCGGAGCUGGAGUUCACGGAACUGCUGCUGUCGGAUUGGAGCGUGCGUACGGAAAACCCCUGGGAAGCGACCUUCUUCUUCGUGCCCAUGUUCACGUACUGGUAUACGGGCAACGUGGGCCACCCCUACUACAUCAUCCAGCACGUGACCCACCACCUGCAGCGCAUCGCGCCCUUCUUCAACCUCACGGCCGGCAGGAACCACAUCAUGUGGGCAACCAACGACAGGGGGGCGUGCAGGAUCGGGACGGCGCCGCCGGAGAUGCAGCACCCGAUCAAACUGGUGCACUUCGGGCAGUCCCCGCGCCGCAGUCAACACCCGCUCCUCUCGCUGGCCGGCAACAGCGCCGCCGCCGCGGGGGCAAUGGCAACAGCGUUGUACAUGACACUGCCGCAGCCGGGACACCGGUUCGAGGAGUUUCCGGAGUUCAGUUCGCAUGACAUCAUAACGGAGAACGAGCUCUGCUAUGUGCCUGAGAAGGACGUUGUGUCGCCCAACUUCAUAGCACUGGACUAUGGCUGGUACAACCAGGCCUGGAGCACCACCUUCCUGCCCGAUGGAAGCCGACUGGUGACCCGACGGCCGGACGCCCAGCCUCGCACCGUAACCCUCUACUUCGGAGGCUACACCAAGCCAGACAUGGUUUACAGCCAAGGUGUACGACAAGCGCUACACAAGCUGUUUGGGCCCGGUGGCAAGUACGACCCCGAGGGCCCCAACGCGAGGCCCGACAUCAUCAUCACGGGACCCGUUCCCCACGCGGCUGAUGAGAUGGUGAAGGCCAAGUUUUGCCUGGCGCCCAUGGGCGCCGGGUGGGGCAUCCGGCUGUCCCGCGCCGUGCUAGUGGGCUGUGUGCCGGUCGUGAUUCAGGAUCACGUGUACCAGGCUCUGUGGGAUGUGGUCCCGUUCGAGGACUUCUCCAUCCGCAUCAGCCGCCACGACCUGCACAUGCUGGUGGAGCUGCUGGACAUGGUUACACCGCAGCAACUGGAGAGGCUGCAGGCGGGGCUGGAGAAGCAUCACAGGGCGUUCAUCUGGGAGGCUCACAACGGCGGCCUGGCCUACAACUACACCAUAACCGCCCUCAAGCGACGAGCCUUCCACAUGUGGAGCGGCAACUACCACCACCACCGCCGCCUCAGCAGCAGCAGCCACCACCACCACCACCACCACCACCGCAUGCUCAGGUCGCAUGAUGCUCAGAACUGAACACUCAGAACUGAACAGCUUCCUGGAGGAACGAAUGCUAGCUGAAUCUGUGUGGGACUGUGACAGCUGUACCGGGGUUAUAAGGUCUCCAAGGGUUGCACCUUCCUUUCGCGGGACCCCUGGCUCGUGGGGGCUACAGGGGCUAGCGGUAUAAGGCCUCCAAGGGGGUUACAACGACUUGAGGAGUUCCAAAAUAAAUCCCUUGCAUUUAUAUUGGAGUUCCAAAAACGCAUGCAAGGUCACCCGAGUUAAUGUUAUAGGCCAGAACAAAGCUGCAUGCAUGCAUGUAAGGGCCGUGGUUGUACGGCAGGUAGGAGUGCUUGGAGGCGCAGAGGGUGUGACGUCGCUAGUUGAAGCGAGCAAGGGAUUGGGCAGAUAUGAUUGUUAGACAACAAAGGGUGACCAAGGACCGACUGGGGAGUUGCUGUAUUGUUAAAACAAUCAAGGGCAGCGU